UCAUUUUUCAAAAUUACUCGGGCUGUCAGACACUCAAUUUUAAUUAAAAUUUUUGAAUUAUAAAUUUCCACAUUUUUUUAAUCUUAUGUGUAUAAAUUAACUUUAUUUCAUCAGUAUGGCUUACAUGGGACACAACUAUGGGUCAACGGACCAGCGGACGGUCCCGGACGUCGGUUUCAGUCCUACAGAAUUGUACAAUUUAAGCGAAAAUAUAACGAGUCAUAUUUAUGCGAUAAAUGCAAGCUGGAGAGACAUGGAGCGAGCUGCUAAACACAUUGGCACCAAGAGAGACAGCUUGGAAUUACGUGAUAAAGUGCAAGCGACACAGAGAACAACGAACAAUAUUGUCACCCAAACGAGUCGAGACAUUGCGAGGAUCGCGGUGCUGAUGAAAAGAGGUGACAAGGAACAGAAGUUGCAGAUUGAGAAACUGACGACUGACUUCAAAGACGCCCUGAGGAGAUAUUCGGAUAUGCAACAGACUGUUCUACAAUUAAUGAAAAGACAUGUAAUAAAUUAUAUUGAUUUUGAUAAUUAUAAUUUCGAAAGUGAUGAAGAUAUAGAGGAGCAAAAAGAAUGGGCUCUGCAAGAUUCAUUAAAACGUCAGGAACAAAGUGUUUUAGAAUUUGAAGAGGGAAUGUUAUUAGAACGUGAAGAUUUGCUACAUAAAUUAGAAGGUGAUAUAUUAGAUGUUAAUCAAAUAAUGCGAGAAUUAGGUGCUUUAGUUAAUCAACAAGGAGGUUCAAUUGAUACAAUAGAAAAUAGUAUAGAAAAUGUUUACGGAAACGUCGGAAUGGGUGCCCAAGAAUUAUCCCGAGCAAGUGGUUAUCAAAAUAAAUAUCGUAAAAAAUUAUUUUUCUUACUUUUACUAGCUUUAGUUGUUGUUAUUAUUUUAAUUGUCGUUCUAGUCACAAAAUAUAGUUAGCAAAUUUUAAUCAGUUAUUAUAAUAAUA